UGUGGGGGCUGUGGGCUGACAGCUAUCGGGGAGAAAGUGUUGGUGAGUGGGGACCCCGUGCCCCAUUCAUUCGGAGCCUCCUCCUGCCUGGUGGGGCUGGCAGCCCGGUCCGCAGAGCCAGGCAGGAGGUGGAACCUGAGAAAUCCACAUGCAGGGACCCCUGUGCUUGGGCCUUCCCUGUUCUCUGGUGCUCCCAUGUACUAGAACACAUGCUGGGGAAUUCAGAAUUUAAAUAAAGCUGACCUUUCUGACCUUGAGCCUGUGGACAAGAGUGAAGCCUGUCCAGGGAGCGGUGUUAGAAACACAAAAGGCUGCGCCCUCGUGUGCACCUGGUGUUGACAGGAGCCCAGGCAGCUGACGGCAGCAGGAGCAAAUGGCCUGCUCUGAUGGGGACAGGCAGGAAGUCCUUCAGGGCAUUUCUGUUUCAUCACAGCUUUUCUUGGGACUGGUGUCUGAUCAGCAUCUCCUUUGGGGACCUAAACCCCUUUCCCCUAUGCCAGAUCCGGAACCGAUGCACCUACCACUUGGAGAAGGUCCAGGUGGAGCUGACCAAGCUGGAGGCCAUCUGAUAGGACUUCCUGCAUGAGCAGGACACCAGACCUGACAAGGGUGAGCUGGUCAGCGACGAGGAAGAGUAUACCUGAGUGGGCUUUGGGACACUUCUCUUCCUACCUUCACAACCAAAAUGUGCCCAAAGGUUGAAAGCGUGCUUAAAAGCCAGAACAUAACAUGUAUGGCCUCUGGGACAUCUGCUGGGCAGAUGUCCAAAGCCAGACUGCACUUCCUCAUUUCCCACUGUGUGGGGGCAGGGGUGGGAGGUCUCAUCUGUUUACAGCAAUUUCCAUGCCACGCUUUUGGUUACAC